AAAAAUAAUAAUAAAAAAAACUCAGACAGACGAACACGAACAAUCCCUGUCGCUGCGCUUCGUGAUCUUCGUCUUCGCAAAUCGUGAAUGGAGUCGAUACAAAGCAAAGUGGAGGCAUGGAUCAAGGAGCAGCACGCCAAGCUCCUCAAGGUCUCUUGGUGCCCACUGCAGUGGAGGAUGAAGUGGCCAUUGCUUUUCAAGGAGGGCGACCGGGAGCACCGCCGCAGGAUCCACCAGGAGUACGAGGGCCGCCGCAAGCAGCUCCACGAUCUCUGCGCCGCCGUCAAGGUCGACUCCGUCUCUGACCUCCGGGAAAUUCUCUGCUGCAUGGUCCUCUCCGAGUGCGUUUACAAGAGACCUGCUUCGGACUUGGUUUGGGCUGUGAAUAAGUUUAAGUCCUACUUCGGAGGACAAAUUGUUUCUCUCGAGCGUGUUCAGCCCUCUUCGGAUCACGUUCCGCACAGUUAUUUGUUGGCGGAAUCUGGUGAUACAUUGUUUGCUUCCUUCACUGGAACCAAGCAGUACAAGGAUGUGAUGACAGAUGCAAACAUAUUUCAAGGUGCUAUAUUUCAUGAGGAUGUAGCGGAGGAUACUAAUGGGACUGAAACUACUAAUCCACCUGAAAACCGAAAAGGAAAUGGAGAACAUUUGUGGAAUCCACUUGAAUCAAAAGCAAAUAAAGCUAAACCUGCCGCACAUCAGGGGUUCUUGGCUCGUGCUAAAGGGAUACCUGCUUUGGAGCUGUACAGGCUUGCUCAAAAGAAAAACCGGAACCUUGUCUUAUGUGGUCACUCACUUGGUGGAGCAGUAGCAGUGUUAGCUACCCUUUCUAUUUUGAGGGUGGUUGCUGCUUCUUCUUCUUCAUUAAAGGAGAAUGGAAAUGUUAAAGUCAAAUGUAUCACAUUUUCCCAGCCCCCUGUUGGGAAUGCAGCUUUAAGAGAUUAUGUUAGUAGAGAGGGAUGGCAACAUUACUUCAAGAGUUACUGCAUUCCAGAAGAUCUGGUGCCUCGCAUCUUGUCUCCUGCUUAUUUUCAUCAUUAUAGUGCACAAUCUUGUUCAGUGCCGGCUGAAACCGAAACUACCAGCAUAUCCAUGUUAAAAAGUGAGGAAGCAGUAGGAAAAGGAAAAGAGAAUGAUGGCAAACGGUUGGUUCUGGGUUUGGGACCUGUUCAGACUUCUAUGUGGAGACUCUCGAAGCUUGUUCCCUUAGAAGGCAUAAGAAGACAAUUCAACAAGUAUAGAGGAAAGAAAGUUUAUUCUGUCGAGGCAUCUUCUCAGUCAGAUUAUGUAGCAGCAACUCUAGUAGAUGAUGACAUGGUAGAACCACAGUCUCUUGAAAUACAAGAAGGUUCUGAUGGUAUAUCUCUUAAACCUAUCUCUGACACUGAUAAAGAGCCACCGUAUGUGGUACCAAGUGGGAAGUCAGCUAGAAAAAGCUCCACAAAAAAUGGGGAUGACAGCACAUGGCGCAGAGUGCCUUAUUUACCUUCGUAUGUACCAUUCGGGGAGCUAUAUCUCUUGGAAAAUUCAUCAGUGAAGUCACUAUCAGAUGCGGAGUACUCAAAUUUGACAUCGGUCAGAUCUGUUAUUGCGGAACUGAGGGAACUAUUUCAAUCACAUUCAAUGAAGUCAUAUAGGUUUCGGUUCCAGAGAAUCUAUGACCUGUGCAUGAAGGACGAUACGUCACCUUUUCCAGCCAUAGAGCAACUACAGCAGUUUCCACAUCUACAGCAGUGGCUUGGUCUUGCAGUUGCAGGAACUGUGGAGCUUGGGCAUAUUGUUGAGUCUCCAGUUAUUCGGACAGCUACUUCAGUUGCUCCUCUUGGAUGGAAUAGCAUACCCGGCGAGAAGAAUGGAGAGCCCUUAAAAGUUGAUAUCACUGGUUUUGGAUUGCAUCUUUGUACGCUUGUGCAUGCCCAAGUGAAUGGUAACUGGUGUUCAACAACAGUGGAAUCCUUUCCUUCAACCCCAACUUAUUCUUCAAAUUAUGGAGAAAAGCUGGAACUACAAAAAAUGCGAGUCUUAGGUGGAGCUCCAUUGAAACAGCCACCAAAAUAUCAGAUGGAAGCAGAUUCAAUGAUGCGUGUGUUUUCUUCUAUUGAUUCCAACACAGCUAAUCUUAAUAGGGAUCACACUUCAGGACCAUUUGAUGAGGAAAAGUGGGAGCACACUUCAGGACCAUUUGAUGAGGAAAAGUCCAUACGUCAUGAAGGCUUAAGUGAAUUUUUCAUAUUUUGUACCAGUGACUUUACAGUCUCUAAAGAGGUCCAUGUGAGAACUCGCAGGGUGCGAUUACUUGGUCUUGGAGCCGGAAAGACUUCCCUUUUUAAGGCAAUGUUAUCCCAAGGCAAAAUUACUAAUAUUACCAAUAUUGAAAAUCUGCUUCUAGAAACUAACGCCCAAGAAGGUAUUUCUCGGGGUUUAUACUUCUGUGAUUCAGCAGGGGUAAAUUUACAGGAGCUGAAUUUGGAGGCCACCCGUUUCAGAGAUGAACUAUGGACAGGAAUUCGUGAUUUGAAUCGGAAGACCGACUUGAUUGUUCUUGUUCAUAACCUGUCUCACAGAAUACCAAGCUUAAAUCUCUCAAAUGGAUCGCAGCAAAAGCCAGCCCUUACACUUCUGCUGGAUGAAGCGAAAUCUCUGGGAAUUCCUUGGGUCCUUGCCGUAACAAACAAAUUUUCUGUCAGUGCUCAUCAGCAGAAAGCAGCAAUUGAUGAUGUUGUCCAGUCAUACCAAGCAUCUCCAAGUACCACUGCCGUUAUCAAUUCCUGUCCAUACGUCAUGCCAAGUGCUGCAAGCACUAAUUUGUCAUGGGGUGCAACCACUGGAGAUGCUGAUGGAAGGAUCAGUGCUCAAAGCUUAUUGUUUGCUCCCAUCAAUUUUGUUAAGCGGCCUUUCCAGAAGAAAGAAAUCAUUCUCCCAGUGGAGGGUGUCAACUCUCUUCGUCAAGUAGUCCAUCAUGUGCUUCGUAGCCACGAGGAAGCUGCAUUGCAGGAACUUGCAAGAGAUGGGCUUUUGGUGGAAGUGGCACGAGAGCGUGGAAUCGCUAUGGGACGUGAUUCUCAAGCCAAGUCAAAUUCUCUUACAUCUGCAGCCGUGGGUGCUUCCCUCGGAGCCGGUCUUGGCAUUGUCUUGGCUGUUGUCAUGGGUGCAGCAUCCGCCUUGAGGAAGCCUUAGAGAACUCACAUCCCCGCAAUCUAUGCGAUGCAAUCCGUUGUUUCAAGUUAGUAAUGGUAGUUACAGGCCAUUUUUUCAUUUUUGUUGCUCUUAAAUUUAUUAGAGGUUACAAAAUAGGUCUUCUUGUAGAUGGGAAAUGUCCUCCCGAAUACUUUUUAAUUUCUUUUAGCUUGUUUUGCAUGUACAGAUAAAUUUAUUUUGAUAGAUUGUACCUUGUUUCUGAUAUUGACUAUAUUUCUCUGAAUAUAACAAAAAAAAUCAUUGACCAA